AUGAAGAGACUUAGCAGCUCAGAUUCUUCUUCCACUCCCCUCAUCACAAUUUGCCCAUCAACAGAGGAACAUAGUCCGAGGAACAGCCAGCAGCACGUGUAUGGUAGGGAGUUCCAAUCGAUGAUGCUUGAGGGACUUGACGAGGAAGGGUGUCUUGAAGAAGUAGGGAAUCAAUCUGAGAAGAAACGUCGACUGAGUGUAGAUCAAGUGAAGGCUUUGGAGAAGAACUUCGAGGUCGAAAACAAGCUUGAACCUGAGAGGAAGGUCAAGCUUGCCCAAGAACUUGGGUUGCAACCUAGACAAGUGGCCGUUUGGUUCCAAAACCGUCGAGCAAGAUGGAAAACCAAACAAUUGGAGAGAGAUUACGGUGUCCUCAAAGCCAAUUUUGAUGCUCUCAAGCUUAACUAUGACACCCUUAAUCAUGACAACGAGGCUUUACGAAAGCAGAUAAAGGAACUAAAAUCGAGGUUGGAAGAAGACAACACAGGAAACGGGGUUUCCGUGAAGAAGGAGAUAACGAUGCCAGACUCGGAAGACAAAACAACGAUGGAACAUAGUAAGAGCGAGCCCAGUUCGGAAUCCGAGGAUCAGUUGAACUACGAGUGUUUGAACAACAACAUCAAGGAUUGUGUCGGAGGCGCUUCGCUCUUCCCAGUGGACUUCAAAGACGGUUCUUCCGACAGCGAUUCGAGCGCGAUCUUGAACGAAGAGAACAACUGCAGCCCAAUAACUGAGCAUCUCUUGCUGUCUCGGGAAUCAAUCUCAAUGAACUGUUUGCAGUUCCAGAAAGCGUAUCAGGCGCAGUACGUGGUGAAGAUGGAGGAGCACAAUUUCUUCAGCGCCGACGAGGCCUGCAAUUUCUUUUCCGAUGAACAAGCUCCAACGUUGCAGUGGUGGAGCUGA